AGACAGACAGAGAAGGAGAGGAGAGACAGACAGAGGAGAGUUAAAGGGAUUGGGGUGGCCUUAUAGAACUGUGGGAACAUCUUGCACCAUCUAUCAAAAGGAACUUCAUCUGAGAUUUAAAAAAAGAAGAGGACACAGUGGCUGUUUAGACUGUAAAGAAGUUUUUCACACUGUAUUUUCUGGAAUAUAUAUGAACUAGGAGAGCUGUAAACUUGGUCAGGACAGCCAUCCAAGAAAGACUCAAGCCAUGUCUGACAUUUCUAAAGAGGACAUAAAGAAACUUGUUAUAACUGCUCUCCAGUGCGUGGCCACCAUUUCUUCAGCUGCUGCAGUUAUCAAUCCUGUAUUUGGCUUAGCAGGAUCUGUCAUCGGCAUUUUUUUGCGCAGUACUGAUAAUGAGGAAAUCAACCAGUUAAGAAGUGACUUUAACAAAAUUCAUGCUGGUCUAGAAAGAGUCUCUGCAGAGACCAAGAAUAUUACUAUGGAUAUAAAGAAAGGAGCCACAGACAGCCAAUACUUCAAAAUUGAGAAAGCAAUUAUAGCUCAAUACAGAGCCCUCCUUGCCUUAAUUGAGGCUGACCCAAAAAGGAGAGAUGAAAAGAAAGAGCAGUUUGAGAAAAAAUUCAUGGCUGAAAAAGGUUACCAAAAUAUGAACACUCUGUAUGAAGGGGUAAUAGGAAAACGCAAACUAUUUAGUGAACCCAUUCUCGAUGUAUAUUUGCAGUAUUCCAGAAACAACAAAGAGAUCAUGGAGGGUUUAUGUACCAGCCUUACCCGUCUAUUCUGUAUUGGUCUGAUCAGCACUAUGGCUUAUGCAGCCAGCAUUGGCGAUGAUGAGGAAGGGCUAAAAGAAAAGUGGACUAAAAGAAUGGAAGAAGUUGAGAAAAGAAUGAAAGAGGCUGUGCACCAAUGCCAGUAGAAUAAGAAUGAAAAAGAUGACAAUGAUAGAUUAGUCAUUGUUAAAAGAAAAUGCAGAAUGUACCACUUGCAUAGGCACUUCUUAGUUUGUGAGGUCUUACAAUAUACCGUGCAUUACUCGCUCCUGUAAAACCAAACUUCUCUGUUUAUUACAGUAAUUCAAAUGUAUUGUAGUAUUCAACCUGCAUAGAGUGCAACACAGUGAGACUCCUAAGCUCUUGCAGCUUUACAACAUUUACAUUUGUAUUGACUUUAAUAUAUGGACGUUUCUGUGACAAUAAUGUGCAAUUUUUUAUACUUAUACUGAAAUGAUUAUAUAGUUGCAGCUACAGUUAGAAUUACUGCUGCAGCGUGAUAGCAGACUGUAUAAGGAAUUAUGAUUUUGGCAUCUUACAUUUUCUGAAUUACAUGUUUAGGUUUUCCGUGUUAGUGUAAAAAUUGACUUAAAUUUUCAUUAUUAUCAAGUAUACAAGAGUUAAAUGUAAGCUGAAAUAAUGUGAUCAUAAAAAGUAUCUGCAUUGCAUUGUGCUAGACCAUGGAAUCUUUAUGUAUUUGUAUUUUUUGCUAUUCAUCAGCGCAAAAAUAUUUUAAAUUUAAAACAAAAAAAUGUAUGAACUUAAACAGAAAAUACUUGAUUAUCUAAAGUAUUCAACUCUUUUUAGAAACCUGUUUAGGUUAGAAAAUGCAGAUCUUUUAAUUGCCAGAGAUUGUUCAGUUUUAGAGAAUGACCCGGUCUAUCCAGAUCCAUAUUUUUCCUGUUUCUUUAUGGUGGACUUCUCGUACUAAUCCUGGAUUUCCUUUAAAUGCAGCUUUUUUCAUCAUGGCGUAGGUUUGGUUAUGAGUUGCGCUGACUAAAUUCUUAACUUUCCAGAUACAUAAUGUGUUUUACCUAAAUUUAAAUAACACUGGUGACUACAUUUAUAUUAUCAUCUGACUUCUCAAAUCCACAAAGCCUGUUUAGAUAUGUCAGAGAAUUCCUUUAAAUAGGUCCAUAGAAUUUUAUUUUAAUUCUGACAAUGCCAAUUAAAUACAUUAAGAUUCCAUAUAACAGAAUGUGAAAAUGUCCAAGGAAAGCUGAAAACAUUUUAUAGCCACUGUUAUAAUUAUGUGCAUACAUGUGUGCGUUUGUUGCAAACUGUGUUGCAAUUUUGACUUAAUAGUACAUAUUAGGAAACAGAAAUCAACAUAUUGCAGAUAAAGAAGACCAGUCAUGCAUAUUAUGAUAUUUUAAAUAGCUUACUGCAGGUAAUAUGGCUAAAAUGUUAGUAAAAGAAAUAACAAACAUUCCUACAUACAACAUAUGCUAUAAAAUAUAUACAGGGAGAAAGGAUGAUUAUUUAAUUCUACUUUUUAUUUGUUGUGCCUUCAGAGUAAUUCAAACACUGUUGUACAUGCUUAAUAAUGAAUUCAAAAAUAUGUUUUUGGGUUAAACAUCUUUUCCAAAUAUCUUAAUGCAUCAUUAGAAAUAGCAUUUUAACCAUGACAACUAUUAUAAUAACAUACAUGUAAACAUGUGGGUGUAAAUUAUACUGUUUUAAAUGAUUUAAAAAUAUAAAUAAAAUGGCUAUUUAAAUUA